AUGGCAGCUCUAGGCCCCGAAAUAGAACCUAGGAAUGGUGCAUCGCAUCGCAACAACCUGCUAAACCGGCAGGUGUGGUUGCAAAAGGUACAAGAGGGAGGUAUUUGUGAGGCGGUGUUCCCCGAUCGCGGGGGGAAACAGGGAUGCGGGGUGAAGCAGGGGGGGAUAUGAGUUCUUAAAAUUCUGAAGGUGUCCCGCCGCGCGGCCAUCGAGGCGACCUCUUUUCGCUUGCGACGAAUGCGACGCGCGCCGUUCAUGCAGCGUUAUGUAAAGUUAAGAGCGGUGCAGCGCGUGCGUUAUCAUCGCGACCUCGAGCGGCGAGACGAGAUAGCGCGAGGUCGGCGGCACCUGCGCCGCGCCUCGCCCCACGUGCACGGCACCACAACCCGCUGCAGCCUACUGCCAGCUAUUAGCAAAUGUGUGCCGCACUACCCCGGCCUUCUAGUAAUGGCUCACUACGCCGUCACUGGUGCACCACCCUCGCGCUAUCUCAUCUCACCCGCCGCUCCGUCAACUACUGAUAACUUUGGAUUUGCACAAUUGGCGUUCAAAUAUGUGUAG